ACCGCCGAAUUAUUUCCUUAUAGUUUGAGAUCUGAGACUUUCGAACCCCUCUCUCCACCUCGCCGUCUCGAGCGUCCCUUUUGGUUUCUCUGCUCUCAGGUCACCGAUCUCUCUACCCGAUCGUUCACUUCAAGAUCGCCCUUUUCGCUCUUACAAGGGUUUGUUGAGAUCUGAUCGGUGAGGCAGAAUGUUUGGAAGGCCCAAGAAGAGCGACAAUACCAAAUACUAUGAGAUUCUCGGAGUCUCGAAGAACGCGUCGCAAGACGAUCUAAAGAAGGCUUAUAGAAAGGCCGCUAUCAAGAACCAUCCUGAUAAGGGUGGUGACCCUGAAAAGUUCAAGGAGUUGGCACAAGCGUAUGAGGUGCUUAGUGAUCCAGAGAAACGUGAGAUAUACGAUCAAUAUGGCGAGGACGCCCUCAAGGAAGGAAUGGGUGGUGGCGGUGGUCAUGAUCCAUUUGACAUAUUCCAGUCUUUCUUUGGUGGAAGCCCAUUUGGUGGUGGUGGUAGCAGUAGGGCUCGAAGGCAAAGGAGGGGUGAGGAUGUUAUCCAUCCCCUCAAGGUCUCCUUGGAAGAUCUCUAUAACGGAAGUUCGAAGAAGCUUUCUCUUUCGCGCAAUGUAAUUUGCUCGAAGUGCAAGGGUAAGGGCUCGAAAUCUGGUGCUUCAAUGAAAUGUCCUGGCUGCCAAGGAUCUGGUAUGAAAGUUUCCAUCAGACACCUCGGCCCCUCUAUGAUCCAACAAAUGCAGCAUCCUUGUAAUGAAUGCAAGGGGACUGGUGAAACCAUUAACGAUAAAGAUCGUUGCUCACAGUGCAAGGGUGAAAAGGUUGUACAGGAGAAGAAAGUUUUGGAAGUAAUUGUGGAGAAGGGUAUGCAAAAUGGACAGAAGAUUACAUUCCCUGGUGAAGCGGAUGAAGCGCCUGACACCGUUACUGGGGAUAUCGUUUUCGUCCUACAACAAAAAGAGCACCCGAAGUUUAAGAGAAAGGGCGAUGACCUCUUUGUGGAGCAUACCUUGUCUCUCGUCGAGUCUCUUUGUGGUUUUCAGUUUAUUCUGACACACUUGGAUGGCCGCCAGCUUCUCAUCAAAUCCCAUCCUGGCGAAGUAGUUAAGCCUGACCAAUUCAAGGCUAUAAACGAUGAGGGUAUGCCAAUGUACCAGAGGCCAUUCAUGAAGGGUAAACUUUACAUCCACUUCAGUGUCGACUUCCCAGACUCCUUGAACCCUGAACAAUGCAAGGCACUCGAGGGCGUGCUGCCACCCAGAUCUUCGGUGCAGCUAUCAGAUAUGGAGUUGGAUGAAUGCGAAGAGACCACUCUCCAUGAUGUCAACAUCGAGGAAGAGAUGCGCAGGAAGCAGGUACAAGAGGCAUACGACGAAGAUGAAGAUAUGCAUGGAGGUGCCCAGAGAGUGCAGUGUGCGCAACAAUGAUUUUGAAUGUUUUCAGGAGGAUGAAUCGGAUCUAGCGCGCGAACCACCACCCGCCAGUCAUCCAGGUUUUCUGAAAAUAAAUAGAUGGAUUUUAUGUUGAUUCAGUCAUAGAAUUACGAAGUAAGUUUCGCGUUCGUUUUAUGUUCUUUCCCCUCAAAUGUGUUUUUCUAUCUAGCUUAUGAAGCAUUCAAAUAUUAUGUAUUGGAGUUGCAGAUAAAAUAGGAUUGGGAAACAGAACGAUCUGUGGUUCUUUUCCAAGUGCCAAGAUUUUUCUCUUAUUUUCACCUUUGCUUGUUGAUGAACACCUAUUUUUUGUGCCUUAGGAGAACGAGAAGCAAUGAUAAUGCCAAAAAUCUUACGUUUAGCCUUA